CAAUAAGCAACAUACUAACCUCUCCCUCCCCGCUCUUCAGCAUCAUGCCCCGCCGACACAGCCCUCGGCAUGGCCAUCCACGUCGACUUCACCCAAGGCGCCGUAAACUCCUUCGCCGCCUCGGGAAACCCAACCUACGGCUCCGACGGCGUAACCUUUAGCGUCGCCGCCUCGGGCCAGGCGCCGCAGCUCAUGUCCCUCUUCUACAUCAUGUUCGGCCGCGUCGAGAUCACCCUCAAGGCCGCCACCGGCGCCGGCAUCGUCAGCUCCCUCGUUCUGCAGUCCGACACCCUCGACGAGAUCGACAUGGAGUGGCUCGGCGCCGACCCGACAGAGGUGCAGUCAAACUACUUUGGCAAGGGCGACGUGACGACGUACAACCGCGGCCAGUUCCACCAAACGGACAAGAACAACCAGGACAACUUUAUGACGUACACCAUCGACUGGACGUCGGAGCGCAUCGUCUUCUCCAUCGACGGCACCGUCGUCCGCACACUCACCGAAGCCGAGGCCGACACGAACCAGUACCCGCAGUCGCCCAUGCAGGUCAAAUUCGGCUCCUGGUCCGGCGGCGACCCUGCCAACGCCGCCGGAACGAUCGACUGGGCCCGCGGACCGACGGACUUUACAAAGGGGCCCUUCCACAUGGUCGUCAAGGACGUCUCGAUUACAGAUUACUCGACGGGCAAGGAGUACAAAUACACCGACACCACGGGCAACUGGGGCUCCAUCCAGGCCGUCGACGGCCAGGUCAACGGGAACCUGGGCAAGGCGAGCCAGGUCACCUACACGGCCAGCGCGGCCGCCGAGACGGGCUCUCCCGCGCCUACGGUGCCGCGCGGCGGUAUCGGUGCCGACGAGUCGGCUUCCGCGACGCAGACUGGGUGGCCUUGGGUUGCGAGCGCGAGACCCACCGGUGGUUCUGUGCCGGAUGGCUGGCGCAUGACCUCCGAGGGUAAGAUUAUCCCCGACGGCGCGGGGAACUCGGUGCGUCCUUCGUGUUUGGUCUUGGUGGUGUCGUUUGCUGUUGGUGUUUUCGCUUUGAUGGGGCGGUGAAGGAUGCAAUGAUACCCCGUUCCCCUUUACUACCUGGGGAUGUGUUUUGUGAUAUUCGGUUUUUUUUUUUUUGCAAUUUUCGUUGAGAAGGAAAGGGGAUGUCGAUGUUUUACACGAUGUAAUGGAUAGCAUGUAAAGGGGGAACAUUUCUCCCACUUUCUGGGUGGCUUUGGGGGGAUAUGUAUGACAUUAGGAAAACGGGUGGCUCACCUUGUAAAAAGGGUCUUUGCAUCGGACGGCGUUUUUGGGGAGCAUCAAGGGAAACCGUUACGAAUUGGAUUGGAUUGAAACACUCAUAUCAACUGAGAUGUUCAUAGAAUAGACGCAGCGUACCUUACUAUACGCAAAGAGCAACCAAAUAUUAGCGAAUUGCCAAAGGAAAAACAA